AUCCGCUCGCACUUUCAAACUCGCUUUCAGUCGUUGGGGUCUUGGCCUACCGAUGAGGCCGCCGCGUAUUUUCGUUAUUAGAGCCGUCUAGAGGACGAUAUUAAUCGCUGCCGACUUAGAUUCCAGGUUCAGAAUGGAGGCAGAAGAAAGUGUGAUGAGAGGGGAGAGUCCUUUUCCAUGGAUGAAGUCUGAUGACAACUGCCCACAUACCAGCAAUGACUCUGGCUACAGCUCUGGCAUAUUUAUGUCUCCUGAAGCCACAAAUGUUUCACUGAAGCAAGUGACUGUUAAACCAAGAGUGAGCACACCUCGUGGUGGCAUCAAGUCAACAAGGAGUCUAGAAUAUCUCUUGCCUCCAUCUGCAGAAAUAGAUGUUAUACCAGCACUUGAUGUGAAUUGUCACUUAUCAAAAGCUGAUUUAUCCCUCAAUCUUGGCUCACCCACAAGCAAGUGUAGUCUUGGCUUGAAGAGCCAGUAUGGCAAAUCAAGAUCUUCAGAGGACAUAAGCACGGCGACCAAAGAGCCAGUAGCCUCUUCCCCACGCAAGGCCAGUAUAGAAGGCAAGAGCCGCAUCUGUACUAGAGCCCAGGCACUCUCGGGACCCAUCUUAAGGCACAGAAAGUCUCAGAAUGUUUUAGUCCGCUUAUUACAUGAGGCAGAUUAUCUAGUCGAAGAACUUCUCAAAUACCUUCCCGCACAAGAUCUGAUACGACUCAGCCAUGUGAAUAGACAGUUGCGUCAGAUUGUCUUAGGACAUAAUGUUUCCAAUGCAAGACGAUUAGCGUAUAUAAACCGUUUGAAAAGGGAAAGAGAACAUCACGGAAAGGAAAACUUGAAACUAAAGAGGCUGAACACAGAGGCCACUGUGUCUGGCUUCGUGCCUCUCUCACCACGAAAGCCCCUCACAAACCUGCAGAACUGCAGACAGGAGAGUCCAAAGAAGCAGCCUCCUUCUCCGAUUAGAACACUGUCCCAGAGGUUCAUGGAGGAGGGCCGCAAGCUCCCACAAGGUGAGCAGCUGCAGAAGUGCGUCAAGUGCAAGGCUCCAGCCAAGGUGCAGAAGUCAUCCUUCCGCGCUGUCUGCUCUAAGGCAACCUGUGGCCAUGACUACUGCACUCGCUGCCUCCUUCAGUCCCACCGCAGACCCCAGGAGUGCCCUGUUCUCAAAGCUCGACCAAGAAGCACCAGGGGACUGAUUUCCUCCAAGAGCUGCAAGAGGAACCUGAGGAGGUUAUGAUAGGGGUCUAACGGAAAGGAAAAUUUUUAUAUUUUUUUAUUGAAUAUUAAAUUAUUAGUAAAGGUAUUUGAAUGUUGCGAGUGUGAAAAAGAAUUUAUUUUAAGAAAGGAAGAUGAAGUAGCAGGGUUUUUAUUUUGUGCAUUACAUAAAUGCAGUGCCAUAGAACAUGAAGUUUUAUUCUAUCUUUGCCACCUGUGAUGAUUUUAAAGGAUCUCAUUUGGGGGGACUUUGGUACUUUCCCAUUUCAACUUACCACACCUCUGCUUUGUAAUUCUGGUUUGCAUGUUGCUCCAGUCUUUCACUAUUCAUAGCAGGUUUUAGACACAUCUGUUACAAUUUUGUUUCCGGUGAACUGUGUGGAUUGCCAUGUGUAUGGGAUAUAGGUCCAGAAAAAAAAUCAGCAAAAACUAGGCAUUCGAUAGGGUUUUAGAUGGUGUACAAAUGAUUAUGAUUUGAAUGCUCUGUUUAUUUUUAGGCUGUGUUUUAUUUUCAAUUUGUAAGGAUGAAAUUGCUCAAAUAGUGUCUCUUGAAGAUGGAUAAAUUUAGGCACUUCUUUCUGAUAUUGGAGAUUAGCGUUCUAUUGUAUUAUUUUCUCUUCUCUUUGAAUUCUAACGCAGAGGAAAAUGUUUGGAUGCUGGAUUUAAGUUUUUGAAUGUGGGAUGUCAUUAGUGUUUGUGGGAAAGGGUCUGAUUCAAGGAUGAGAAUGCCUGUAACCCAUUUUUUCUCUCCAAAAUCUGAUCAGUGCAUCUCCCUUUUCUCUUUCACAAUCCUUUCAUUAUCUUUUGCUGCCUCUGUUUCUGCUUUUCUUCUGUAUUCUGUUUAUUUACUUUCUGAUUCUGUAUCCUUCUACUUAAUUUUUUUUUCGCAUAUUGCUUCUAUUACUAUUAUGCAUAAUGUCUUUGACUCUAUAUUGUUUUUCAUUUUCUCUUAAUUUUUACUGUGUUUGUGUAUAUCUGUAUGAUUGAGUAUAAUUCUUUUCCAUUGCUAUAGUGUGUAUAUGCCAUGAAUGUAAAUAUUAAAUAAUAGAGUGCAUGUAUGCUAUUUAUGGUUUUCAAGUAUCUUAGCUACUUUUGUAAACUAGCUAAGCCUCAGCAAAGAUCAAAAGACAUGGGUUGUUCAGGAGCACUGUUUACUUUUAUGAAAUUAUUGAUGGAUUUUUUCGUAUAUUGCUUUUCCACAAAUCGAGACUGGGUCGUUAUUCUCACAUCAAUACUUCCGGAAGCGUUGGUUGGUAUAAUUAGGUAUCGAGAAUGGGUGUGGUAUUCUGACUGGAAAGUGGUUUUUAAAUAGGGUGUAAUAUUCAUUUCAUUUUAUGUGACGAAUCAUUACACCUAGUAGUGUGAGCUCAUGGUGAAUUAUUAAAUAAAUAUAACCAGCAUGCUUCCAAUAAAUUUUUUUUUGAAAGUUUCAUCUGUAUGAAGUUUGUGAGUUUACUAUUCAUCUGCCUUUGGGGAAGCUUAUAUACAAUUAUGUAACUUCUGUUGAUAUUCAGGGUUCAUUGAACAUUGAUACUAGUCUAGGGUGUUAAUAAACAGCAUUUGUUUAUUUCCUCACCUUUAAUUCUCAUUUGUUUUAAGGUAUUAAAAGUUUUCAUCUCAUGUUUCAUAAAUACUGUACAGAUGAAGUCAUAACAUUCCUUUGUACUUAAAUUUUAUUUUGUCAGGUUUUUUUUUUUCUUCUUUUUAUAUUUUAAUAAAACAUUCUAAUGACUUUCUUAUAUUAAUAUCCCUUGUGUUCUGUGCUGAGAGAACAAUAACUUACCUAAAAAAUGUUAUUGGAUAAAUUGGGACCUCUUAAUCACAGUUUUCAAAUCUGUUUGUUUCUUUAUGUACAGAGCUAGA